AUGACUUUCAUUGCUUUGACGAAACCUCAGAUGCGAGGCCUUCUGGCCAAGCGUCUGCGAUUUCAUAUUGUUGGAGUGUUCGCUGUGUCCCUGGGGAUUGCAGCUUUCUGUAAGUUUGCCGUGGCCAAACCAAGAAAGAAGGCGUAUGCAGAUUUCUACAGAAAUGAUGAUUCCAUGAAAGAGUUUGAGGAGAUGAAGAAGGCCGGUAUCUUUCAGAGUGCAAAGUGA